AUGUCUCGAUAUGGAAUUGUAGAUAUUUGCAUGAGUGAUAACAGACCGCAAUUUUCGUCAACAGAAUUUGCCGAGUUCGCGAAAUCAUGGGGAUUUACUCACAAUACGUCAUCACCUUAUCAUAGUAGGUCAAAUGGAAUGGCUGAAAAGGGUGUGUCAAUUGCUAAGAAAACCUUAACUAAGGCAAAAGAAUCUAAGCAAAACCCAUAUGUAUGUAUUUUAGAAUACAGAAACACACCUUUAGAAUGUGGUUAUACCCCAAAUCAGUUGUUAAUGGGACGAAGGACAAAGUCUGUAGUUCCAGUUUCUGAAAAAGGCUUCAUUCCCAGACACCACACAAAGGAAAACAGCCACAUAGAAGCUUACGAAAUGAAUGACAUCAAAGAGAAAAGGAGGACAAUUAAACAAGAAUCGGCGUCCAUGGCAAUAAUGAAGCAUUAUUCUCCUAUUACAACAUAUGAAUAUCAAAUUAAGAAAAAGACCUGA